AUGCCCGAGAGGCCGCUCACAAUUGCAUACGCUGCUGGCGCAGGUCUCGCUGCCAUUGCCCUCGUCUAUGUUUUUCAGCCCACUUUCUUUAUCGACGGGGAAUCUGCUGGGACUUCUGCUAGCUCGAGGAAGAGGGGAAUAGUUGGCUUGUCAAAUCCAGCAAACGAUUGCUUCAUCAACUCCGUUCUGCAAGCGCUCGCAGGCCUAGGCGAUCUGCGCAUUUAUCUUAUACGCGAAACGCAUCGGAGAAAGUUAGAAGGACCGGCGGUAUACUCUUACCUGGUACAAGAUCCUACAAGAAAAGACGUUCCCGCAUGGAAGCUCGAAGGAUUGCAGAGCGGACUCACUACGUACGGCCUAAAGGAUAUCUUAGAUGCUUUAAACGAAAGGCCGAUAUACAAGAAGACUGUUACAGCUGCUGGAUUUGUGAACGUGUUGGAACAGGCGUUUAAACAGAGAAUAUCACGACAACAGCAGGAUGCUCAGGAGUUCUUACAGGUAGUUGCUGAGAGAUUAUGCGACGAAUACCAUGCGGGUCAACGAGCGAGAAAUGCUGCAAAGCUACGGGUCCCAAAUGGGCUGAGCACGACCAUUACCUCAAAGGACCUGGAAGUCCCAUUAGAUGAGCCUGCAAAGAUAGACUCAGAUGGGCUAGCGGUGCUGAGUAACCCUGCGGGCAACAUAGAACUGCCAGAUAUUGACGAACAUGGAGAGGGAGAGGAUAGUAGCAUAGACGAAGAAAAGGAGGAGGGGUUCCCACUGGAAGGUGGUUCCGCACAACAGAUUGAAUGCUUGACCUGCAAAUACCAGCCCAAAGCCACCGAAACAAUCUUCUGUACUCUGUCCUUGAGUGUACCGCAAGUUAGCUCGACUACUCUAAAUGCUUGUUUUGACGACAUGUUCAAGACUGAAUACAUUGAGGAUUUUAAGUGCGAGAAGUGUCGUCUUGUGCACGCACUUGAAACUUUUAAAGACGAGUAUAAAAUAUCGAACUCGGAAAGGUUCAAAGCCAAGGCUCAAGAAGAUAUCCGGAAAAUCGAGGAAGCCAUAAAAACAGACCCAGAACAAGAGCUCAAGAAUGUGCAGUUGCCAGAUUCAAAAUUCGCGCCAAGGAGAAAGAUCGCGAAGCAUGUCCGGAUUACAAAGUUUCCAAAGGUUCUCGCUAUUCACCUUUCAAGGUCUAUACAUAAUAUUGGGCAGUCAACUAUGAAGAAUUCCGCCAAAGUUUCAUUUCCGGAGCGGCUUCGGCUGGGCGGCCUCCUGGAUCACAAAAUGUAUCGGCUUGUGAGCGUUGUUUGUCACAAAGGUAGCCAUCAUUCAGGGCAUUACGAAACUUUCAGACGUCAGCAUCUUCAUGCUCCAUUCUCAACACCCAACACUUUUCACAGGGCCGGUGCAUACAGUAAGCCACAAACUCCUAAUCCUUCGCAGAUAUCUACACCGCAAACAUCAGCCAUGUCUGUGAUUGAAGAUUCAAAUCCGGACACUUCUACGAUAUCUUCGACGCCUGAGUUACUCUCUCCAGAUUCCACAUCUUCUACUUCGCUUCCAUUGUCUGGAGGCGAUCUUUCGUCCGUUAAUGGCUCCUCAAUCAAGCCACCUGGCUCAACGUCGCGCGAUCCGGAAACGGGCAGUCUGCGAUCCCUAGCUCGGUCGGCGAAGUCUUCACUGUCUAAAGUUCCCAGCAUCCACCGUACAUCUGCCACUGCUGUCUCGAAAGAUACAUCAAACCGUACGUCUGUUAGUGAUUUGGUGCGCGGCAAGCGGAAGAGGAGUAAUCGAUGGUGGCGAAUAAGUGACGACAAGAUCAAGGAGAGCAAAACCUCUGAUGUUCUUGGUAUGCAAAAGGAGGUUUACAUGCUAUUUUAUGAAUUGGAAAAAGAGGACGGAAGCCCUUGA